AUGGUCUCAGCUUGGUUCUUGGCGAAGGUCUUUCUGGCCUUUGCGCCACUCCCGAGUGUGUAUGCGCAGUAUAACGGUACAGUCAGCUUCCCUUCCCUUUUGGAUGCUACGGCAGAUGAGUUGGCUACUGGUCUCGAUACUGGAGCAUUUACAAGUUUAGAUCUUGUACAGGCUUACGUGGGACGGAUCAUUGAAGUCAACAAGACGCUUCAUAUGGUUGUUGAGAUCAAUCCAGAUGCAUGGUCUAUCGCGAAACAGCUGGACGAAGAGCGCGCUUCGGGCAAAUCCAGAGGACCCCUUCAUGGCCUCCCAGUGCUCAUCAAGAACAACAUUGCCACUGCUGAUGAGAUGAAUAACACGGCUGGCUCUUGGUCUCUUAUCGGGGCUAAGGUCCCACGUGAUGCUACCGUUGCUGCAAAGCUCCGUAAAGCAGGUGCUAUCAUCUUGGGCAAAACCAAUCUUUCUCAAUGGGCCAAUUACCGAUCAUCUAAUUCCUCAAAUGGCUGGUCCGCUCAGGGUGGUCAGACAUAUGGCGCAUAUUUCCCCGGACAAGACCCUAGCGGUAGUAGCAGCGGGAGUGGUGUCGCCGCCAGCAUAGGGCUGGCAUUUGGAACAUUGGGCACCGAAACCGAUGGAUCAAUUCUCUCGCCGAGUCAAGUGAACAAUAUUGUCGGCAUAAAGCCUAGUGUUGGCCUUACCAGCAGAUCACUUGUGAUUCCAAUUUCAGAACAUCAGGACACGGUUGGGCCUAUGGCUCGUACGGUCAAGGAUGCAGCCUAUAUUCUACAAGCGAUCGUUGGUCCCGAUCAGUACGACAACUACACUUCUGCAAUUCCUUGGGCGAAGAAUACAACCAACGCCUCAGUACCCGACUAUGUCUCCGCCUGCAGGUUGGAUGCCUUGGAAGGAAAGCGCAUCGGCGUUCCACGAAAUGCCAUCGGUACACCUCGAGCCUCUACCGCACCAGUAUAUGCCGCUUUUGAAGCCGCUCUUGACGUUCUGCGUUCUGCCGGCGCCAUUAUUGUAGAAGGAACAAACUACACCGCAUGGGACCAGUAUCUCGAAUCCAAUGCCGAAGGCAUCGUGCUCGACGGCGAUUUCUCGCCCAAUCUUGCCAGCUACCUUUCCCAACUUACAUACAACCCCAACAACGUCAUGACCCUGGAAGAUGUGAGAAGCUUUACCCAAAGCUUCUCCGCAGAGGCCUACCCUAACAGAGAUACCGCGAUAUUUGACAGCUCGAUUGCACAGUCUCAAAACUUCAGCAACACGGAUGCACAGUUCUGGGCUGCAUACCAAGAAGGCCUCUACCUCGGCGGCGAAGGCGGUCUCCUCGGCGCACUGGCAACUUACAAUCUUGAUGCUGUGGUACUUCCCUCGCGUGUCGCAUCUGGUAUCUCUGCCAUUAUUGGCGGUCCGGUGGUCACUGUCCCACUGGGAGCCUACCCCGCUAACACCACGGUGAUUACAAACCCACGUGGCGACUUGAAUGCUACAGCCCCGAAUGCCCCAUUUGGGAUCUCUUUCGCGGGAAAGCUGUGGAGUGAGGAGAGUUUGAUUGGGUUUGCGUAUGCGUUUGAGCAAAGGACUAUGGCUAGGAAGAUGGUUAGGCCGUAUAUUCAGCCUAGUAUUGAGAUUGAGAAUGUGGUGGGUAGUUAUUAG